UUGCAGCUUUACCGUGAAGCCUGAACGUGGAGGCAAACCUCUGCCACUCGUCCUUUGUGAUACCAUGGGACUGGAGGUAGAAGAGGGGGUGGGGCUUAAUAUUAAUGAGAUCAGUAACCUCAUCAAUGGUCAUAUACCAGAGCAUUAUCAGUUCAAUCCCUCUGUUCCUCUGAAACCUGAAGCUCACGGUUUCUGCAAGAAUCCAAAACUCAAAGACAAGAUCCACUGUGUGACUUGUGUCAUAGAUGCCUCCAAGAUCUCCAUCAUGCCCCAAAAUAUGGAGAGGAAGCUGAAAGCAAUGCGCAAGACGGUCAACUUGUUACGCAAGGAUCCCUCAGCUGGUGUUGCUCACUAAAAUAGAUGAAGCCUGCCCUCUGGUGAAAGAAGAUAUCACAAAUGUCUACAAGAGCACGUACAUCAAGGAAUUAGUAAGGAUUUUCUGAGCUUCACUUAAAAAAAGGAGGCAUUUAACUCAGAUUUUCAGCUCUCUAAAAUCUCUUAAACGUUGUGUCGUGUGAUCCAGAUGCAGGAGGCUGCAACUCAUAUUGGUGCACCUUUGUCCUGCGUUGUUACAGUGAGGAGCUGGACCUGAACAUGAACGUUGACAUCCUGCUGCUCAGUGCAGUUAAUCAGAUGCUUAACCUUGUGGAUGACUUUUUUGAUGAGCCCAGAGACUGAAUGAGCAGUACUGCAAUCCUUGUCCCUGCCUUUUUGCUGCUCCCGUCAGAGGUCGCUGCAGCAAAUUGUGUCUCCAUCCUCUUUAGACUCCUCACUCACAGGAACAAUCCUUAUGUCCUUCUUAUACAUCCACGUAACUCCUUUUUGAGCUUCCUUUCUCUUUCAUGAAGUUACAGGGUGGAGUUUCAGACUUUCAUCUUUAGGGGUGAUUAUUCCCUUCCACUAUUUAAAGAAUGCAG